CCAGCUACUUACAGACAUGACUUAGGUUGGUCUGAUUAUCGAGCAAAACGCGCUGCUGGGUUCUUCAAAUUUCUUGAUAUACGAGACGCGAUGGUCGUACACCUUACCGAACCCGACUUUCUGGAAUUAAACAUCCUGUCCAUGACCAUCUCUCUUUCGUUUCCCAUGCUUGAUCGACUGUUUAUGUACUUCCUUUUUGGGUUCUUCAUUCUUGCCUUAUCGUAUACAACCUACAACACCCAUGAGCGGCUCAAGUAGUAGAUCAAAGAAAAUCUUGCACCCCCGAGGCCCCGAGGCCGACGCGGAAUACUCUCUAGCUAUCAAAGAGCGAAGUCCCAAGGCAUGUAUCGCCUGUCGGACGCGGAAAGUCAAAUGUGACAAGCAAUCCCCGUGUGGGAAUUGCGCGAAGACGAGGUUGGAGUGCAUCUUCCCAUCCCCUAUUCGGACGUGCUAUCGUCCGAAGCGGACACAUUGGACUGAGCUAAUGGGGUUUCACCAGAUUGUUGAGGACUUGACAAAAGCCCUGGACGCGGAGAGAAGUCACUCGCUGUCUGGUUCACGGACGGGACGGAGUUCUCUAGACGAGUCGUCGCGCCGGGAGAGCUCCCAAGAUGUGAUCACUCCAGAGAGCGAGGCAUGGGCGUCGGAGUCAGAUCGAGUGCGGUACUUUGAAACCCGAGUCGGGCGAUUACUGCGGUCCGAGGGGCGAUCGCGGUAUUUAUCGACCAGCUUUUGGGACACUGCGAACGAAGACCUGACGGUUCAACAGGCGGACGAUGUCCUCAUCAAAUCCGACACGGAGAUGGCAGACGCGCAAGAUCCGCCCAGAUCUUUUGACGGAACGUCCAAAUUCCCGCUGGGAUCCUCGAAAGUGGACCUUCAGUACUUCCACCCGUCUCCCGAGCAAAUCGACGUGCACUGGGACACCUACGUCGGCCACUUCGACCCGCUCGUCAAAGUGCUUCAUUUACCCACCAUGGAGCAACUCGUCACGGCCGUGAAGUUACGACAGUCACUCUCCCCGCCAAAUGAAGCACUGAUGUUCGCCGUCUACUGGGUAAGCUUGAUCAGCAUGCCCGAGCACGUUGUCCAGCGCGUUCUGCACCAUGAGAAGGCGACGUUGAUGACCAAUUAUCGCUGGGCGGUUGAGCAAGCCUUGCUCAACGCGGAAUUGGACAACACGCAGGAUCUGGCGACGCUGCAGGCGUUCGUGCUCUAUCUCGCGAGCAUCCGCCGACUGGAUGAGACGAAGCGCGCGGGGAACCUGGCCGGGAUGGCGCUCCGGAUCGCGCAAUCGCAGGGCCUGCACCACGAUGGCACGCGGUUCAUGCUGCCGCCCUUCGAGACGGAGCAGCGGCGACGGUUGUGGUGGCAGCUUUGCUAUCUGGACCAGCGAGCGUCCGAGGAUUAUGGGGCGGAGUCUUCCGCGUGGGAUCUUGCCUUCGACACGGAGCCGCCGUCGAAUGUGAAUGACGAGGACCUGAUCCCCGGGUCCACUCGACCGGUGGAGAGUAAGAGGGUAUGGACAGAUUCCAGCUUCUGUCUUGUCCGACUGGAGUUUGCGAGGAUGAAUAGGAUGAUUCGGACGGGAUUAGCGACGGACCGGAAGGAUUUGCCAGUGUUCCUAAGCAAACGCCACUCCUUCACGCUCGCCGAAAAAGAACAACUCAUCUCCCGUUGCCACCACGACAUUCACACCCGAUACUUCACCAAUUACGACCCCUCCGACCCGCUGCAGUACCUCGCCCGCUCCAUCACCGACAUGCUCAUCGCCAAAUCUCGCUUCAUGCUCCGCAACCCCCUCCGCCCCUCCUCCAUCGUCCGCUCCCCCUCCCCCGUCAACUCCCCUAGCUCCCACCGCCCCAGCCAACCCGCCACCACCCAACUGCCUCCCGACGCCAAAGACCGCCAAUUCAGCCUCGCUAUCUCAAUCCUUGAGCUCUCCACGCAGCUCGAAUCCGACCCCCGCCUCAACGAGUGGCGCUGGCUCAUCUACAGCUACUUCCAGUACCUCCCCCUCGCCUUCAUCCUCACCGAGCUGUGCGUCCGCCUCCCCGGCACCCCCGACGUCGACCGCGCCUGGCACACCGUCGCCGCCUCCGUCGAUAACUGGACCGACGACAUCCGCUCCAGCCAGAACGGCAUCAUCCUCCAGCGCCUGCUCGCCCGCGCCCAGGCCACCCGCGCCCGGUGGCAA